GUCGUCGGAGCAGACGGGAGUUUCUCCUCGGGGUCGGAGCAGGAGGCACGCGGAGUGUGAGGCCACGCAUGAGCGGACGCUAACCCCCACCCCAGCCGCAAAGAGUCUACAUGUCUAGGGUCUAGACAUGUUCAGCUUUGUGGACCUCCGGCUCCUGCUCCUCUUAGCGGCCACCGCCCUCCUGACGCACGGCCAAGAGGAGGGCCAAGAAGAAGAAGACAUCCCACCAGUCACCUGCGUACAGAACGGCCUCAGGUACUAUGACCGAGAUGUUUGGAAACCCGAGGCCUGCCGGAUCUGUGUCUGCGACAACGGCAACGUGUUGUGCGAUGACGUGAUCUGCGACGAAACCAAGAACUGCCCCGGCGCUCAUGUCCCCCCGGGCGAGUGCUGCCCCGUCUGCCCCGACGGCGAGGCGUCACCUACCGGCCAAGAAACCACAGGAGUCGAGGGACCCAAAGGAGACACUGGCCCCCGAGGCCCAAGGGGACCUGCCGGCCCCCCUGGCCGCGACGGCAUCCCUGGACAGCCUGGACUUCCUGGACCCCCCGGCCCUCCCGGACCCCCCGGACCCCCUGGCCUCGGAGGAAACUUUGCUCCCCAAAUGUCUUACGGCUACGAUGAGAAGUCAACUGGAGGAAUCUCUGUGCCUGGCCCCAUGGGUCCUUCUGGUCCUCGUGGUCUCCCUGGUCCCCCUGGCGCACCUGGUCCCCAAGGUUUCCAAGGCCCCCCUGGUGAGCCCGGCGAGCCUGGAGCUUCAGGUCCCAUGGGUCCCCGUGGUCCGCCUGGUCCCCCUGGCAAGAACGGAGAUGACGGUGAAGCUGGAAAGCCUGGUCGUCCUGGUGAGCGUGGGCCUCCUGGACCUCAGGGCGCCCGGGGAUUGCCUGGAACUGCUGGCCUUCCUGGAAUGAAGGGACACAGAGGUUUCAGUGGUUUGGAUGGUGCCAAGGGAGACGCCGGUCCUGCUGGUCCCAAGGGCGAGCCUGGUAGCCCUGGUGAAAAUGGAGCUCCUGGCCAGAUGGGUCCCCGUGGUCUGCCUGGUGAGAGAGGACGCCCCGGAGCCCCUGGCCCUGCUGGUGCUCGUGGAAAUGACGGUGCUACCGGUGCCGCCGGCCCCCCUGGUCCCACUGGCCCCGCUGGUCCUCCCGGCUUCCCUGGUGCUGUUGGUGCUAAGGGUGAAGCCGGUCCCCAAGGAGCCCGUGGCUCUGAAGGUCCCCAGGGUGUGCGUGGCGAGCCCGGCCCCCCCGGCCCUGCUGGUGCUGCUGGCCCUGCUGGAAACCCCGGUGCUGACGGACAGCCUGGUGCCAAAGGUGCCAACGGCGCUCCUGGGAUUGCUGGCGCUCCUGGCUUCCCUGGUGCCCGAGGCCCCUCUGGACCCCAGGGCCCCAGCGGCCCUCCCGGUCCCAAGGGUAACAGUGGCGAACCUGGUGCCCCUGGCAACAAAGGAGACACGGGCGCCAAGGGAGAGCCCGGCCCCACUGGUAUCCAAGGCCCCCCUGGCCCCGCUGGGGAAGAAGGAAAGCGAGGAGCCCGAGGCGAACCCGGUCCCACUGGCCUGCCCGGACCCCCUGGCGAGCGCGGCGGACCCGGUAGCCGUGGCUUCCCUGGCGCAGAUGGUGUGGCUGGUCCCAAGGGUCCCGCUGGUGAACGUGGUUCUCCUGGCCCUGCUGGCCCCAAAGGUUCUCCUGGUGAAGCUGGUCGCCCCGGUGAAGCUGGUCUGCCUGGUGCCAAGGGUCUGACUGGAAGCCCCGGCAGCCCCGGUCCGGAUGGCAAAACUGGUCCCCCUGGUCCCGCUGGUCAAGAUGGUCGCCCCGGACCCCCAGGCCCCCCCGGUGCCCGUGGUCAGGCUGGUGUGAUGGGAUUCCCUGGGCCUAAAGGUGCUGCUGGAGAGCCUGGCAAAGCAGGAGAACGAGGUGUCCCUGGGCCCCCUGGUGCUGUUGGUCCUGCUGGAAAAGAUGGAGAGGCUGGAGCUCAGGGACCCCCCGGCCCUGCCGGCCCCGCUGGUGAGAGAGGCGAACAGGGCCCUGCUGGCUCUCCCGGAUUCCAGGGUCUUCCUGGCCCCGCGGGUCCUCCCGGUGAAGCAGGCAAACCUGGCGAACAGGGUGUUCCUGGAGAUCUUGGUGCCCCCGGCCCCUCUGGAGCCAGAGGCGAGAGAGGUUUCCCUGGUGAACGCGGUGUGCAAGGUCCCCCCGGUCCAGCCGGUCCUCGGGGAGCCAACGGUGCCCCUGGCAAUGAUGGUGCUAAGGGUGAUGCUGGUGCCCCCGGAGCCCCCGGUAGCCAGGGCGCUCCUGGCCUUCAGGGAAUGCCUGGUGAACGAGGUGCAGCUGGCCUUCCUGGCCCUAAGGGUGACAGAGGCGAUGCCGGUCCCAAAGGUGCUGAUGGUUCUCCUGGCAAAGAUGGCGUCCGUGGCCUGACUGGCCCCAUUGGUCCUCCUGGCCCCGCUGGUGCCCCCGGUGACAAGGGUGAAGCUGGUCCCAGCGGCCCCGCUGGUCCCACUGGAGCUCGUGGCGCCCCCGGAGACCGUGGUGAGCCUGGUCCCCCCGGCCCUGCUGGCUUCGCUGGCCCCCCUGGUGCUGAUGGCCAACCUGGUGCUAAAGGCGAGCCCGGAGAUGCUGGUGCUAAAGGCGAUGCUGGUCCCCCUGGUCCCGCUGGCCCCACUGGACCCCCCGGCCCCAUCGGCAACGUUGGUGCUCCUGGACCCAAAGGUGCUCGAGGCAGUGCCGGUCCCCCUGGUGCUACUGGUUUCCCUGGUGCUGCUGGCCGAGUCGGUCCUCCCGGCCCCUCUGGAAACGCUGGACCCCCUGGCCCUCCCGGCCCUGUCGGCAAAGAAGGCGGCAAAGGCCCCCGCGGUGAGACUGGCCCCGCUGGGCGUCCCGGGGAAGUCGGUCCCCCUGGUCCCCCCGGCCCUGCCGGUGAGAAAGGAUCUCCUGGUGCUGACGGACCUGCUGGUGCUCCCGGCACUCCCGGACCUCAAGGCAUUGCUGGACAGCGUGGCGUGGUUGGCCUGCCCGGUCAGCGAGGAGAAAGAGGCUUCCCUGGUCUUCCCGGCCCCUCUGGUGAACCUGGAAAACAAGGUCCUUCUGGACCAAGUGGUGAACGUGGCCCCCCUGGUCCCAUGGGCCCCCCUGGAUUGGCUGGACCCCCUGGCGAGUCUGGACGUGAGGGAUCUCCUGGUGCUGAAGGCUCCCCUGGACGAGAUGGUUCUCCCGGCCCCAAGGGUGACCGUGGUGAGACUGGCCCUGCUGGCCCCCCUGGUGCUCCUGGCGCUCCUGGUGCCCCUGGUCCCGUCGGCCCCGCUGGCAAGAAUGGCGACCGUGGUGAGACUGGUCCCGCUGGUCCCGCCGGUCCCAUCGGCCCCGUCGGUGCUCGUGGUCCCGCUGGACCCCAAGGCCCCCGUGGUGACAAGGGUGAGACAGGCGAACAGGGUGACAGAGGAAUAAAGGGUCACCGUGGCUUCUCCGGUCUCCAGGGUCCCCCUGGCCCUCCCGGCUCUCCUGGUGAACAAGGUCCUUCCGGAGCUUCUGGUCCUGCUGGUCCCCGAGGUCCCCCCGGCGCUGCUGGCUCUCCUGGCAAAGACGGACUCAACGGUCUCCCAGGCCCCAUUGGCCCCCCUGGUCCUCGUGGUCGCACUGGUGAUGCUGGCCCUGUUGGUCCCCCCGGCCCUCCUGGACCCCCCGGUCCUCCCGGUCCUCCCAGCGGUGGUUUCGACUUCAGCUUCCUGCCCCAGCCACCUCAAGAGAAGGCUCACGAUGGCGGCCGCUACUACCGGGCCGAUGAUGCCAACGUGGUCCGUGACCGUGACCUCGAGGUGGACACCACCCUCAAGAGCCUGAGCCAGCAGAUCGAGAACAUCCGGAGCCCCGAAGGCAGCCGCAAGAACCCUGCCCGCACCUGCCGUGACCUCAAGAUGUGCCACUCCGACUGGAAGAGCGGAGAAUACUGGAUCGAUCCCAACCAAGGUUGCAACCUGGAUGCCAUCAAGGUCUUCUGCAACAUGGAGACAGGUGAGACCUGCGUGUACCCCACUCAGCCCCACGUGGCCCAGAAGAACUGGUACAUCAGCAAGAACCCCAAGGACAAGAGGCACGUCUGGUAUGGCGAGAGCAUGACCGACGGAUUCCAGUUCGAGUAUGGUGGCCAGGGCUCCGAUCCCGCCGAUGUGGCCAUCCAGCUGACUUUCCUGCGCCUGAUGUCCACCGAGGCGUCCCAGAACAUCACCUACCACUGCAAGAACAGCGUGGCCUACAUGGACCAGCAGACUGGCAACCUCAAGAAGGCCCUGCUCCUCCAGGGCUCCAACGAGAUCGAGAUCCGGGCCGAGGGCAACAGCCGCUUCACCUACAGCGUCACCUACGACGGCUGCACGAGUCACACCGGAAACUGGGGCAAGACAGUGAUCGAAUACAAAACCACCAAGACCUCCCGCUUGCCCAUCAUCGAUGUGGCCCCAUUGGACGUUGGCGCCCCAGACCAGGAAUUCGGCAUCGACAUUGGCCCUGCCUGCUUCCUGUAAACUCCUUCCCACCCAUCCUGGCUCCCUCCCACCCAACCCACUCGCCCCUGACCCUGGAAACAGACAAACAACCCAAACUGAACCCCCCAAAAAGCCAAAAAAUGGGAGACAAUUUCACAUGGACUUUGGAAAAUAUUUUUUUCCUUUGCAUUCAUCUCUCCAACUUAGUUUUUAUCUUUGACCAACCGAACAUGACCAAAAACCAAAAAGCACAUUCAACCUUACCAAAAAAAAAAAAAAAAAAAAAAAAGAAUAAAUAAAUAACUUUUUAAAAAAGGAAGCUUGGUCCACUUGCUUGAAGACCCAUAUGGGGGUAAGUCCUUUUCUGCCCGUUGGGCUUAUGAUACCCCAACACUGCCCUUUCUGCUCCUUUCUCCAUCCCUCCUUGGGGCCUCCCCUCCACCGCUCCCCAAAUCUAAGUCUCCCCCAAAAAGACACAGGAAACAAUGCAUUGUCUGCCCAGCAACCAAAGGCAAUGCUAAAACACCCAAGUGACCCCCGCCCCACACUCCCAGCCCACUCCCCUCACCCAGCAACCCCCAAACCCUGGGGGGACCUGAGGUUCGCAGACUACCAAAGAAGCCUCACCAUCUGGCGUCCCCGUGGCUCCAGCAACAUACCCCCUUCGUUUUUGAGGGGGCAUGCGGGGGGACCACUGGCCCCUCGCUGCCUGCCUGCCGGGUCUGGAAGAAAGUCAGGAGGGGCCACGACAGAGCGGAAGGAAACAUCGGAUUCAUUCGGGGACACGUGUCAAUCCCCCGUGCGACAGGGCUGGGCGGGAGAGACUGCUCUGUUCCGUGUGUAAUUGUGUUGCUGAAGGACUACCUCUUCUUGUCUUUCUGUGUCACCGGGGCAACCGCGUGGGGGCGGGGAUGGGGGCAGGGUGGGAGGGGGCUCCCCAUUUUAUAUCAAAGGUGCUACAUCUCUGUGAUGGGGUGGGGUGGGGAAGGAAUCACUGGUGCUAAAGAAGUCGAGACGCCCCACCCCCCAGGCCAGCAAAUGUUCCUUUUUGUUCAAAGUCUUUUUUUAUUCUUUGGUUUUUUUUUUUUUUUUUUUCCUUGCGGAUGGGGACUCGUGAAUUUUCUAAAGGUGCUAUUUAACUUGGGGGGGAGAGAGCGUCGCAGCUCUGCGCGCUCCUUUCCACCCCCUCUCCACCCCGCUGGCCGCCUCUCUCUCUCCACCUCUCUCUCUCUCUCUCUCUCUCUCUCUCUCUGGAAGCCCUCCUCCUCAGCUGCACCCCAUCCUCACAGCCUCUCUGUCCUGUGUCCUCUCUCUGGGUUCCAGAGCACAACUUCCCAAAGCACAAAGCAGUUUUUUUCCCCCUAGGGGUGGGAGGAAGCAAGAUUCUGUACCUAUUUUGUAUGUGUAUAAUAAUUUGAGAUGUUUUUAAUUAUUUUGAUUGCUGGAAUAAAGCAUGUGGAAAUGACCCAAA